AUGAUGAAUCGCAGCCUUAACCCUAGGGACCAUCCAGAGACCUUCCAAAUCAAGCAAGAUGGCAAGUUCUUCUCUAGGCUCUUGUCUAGGGAAGGCUCCGUCGCGAACACCUCCUCCCGCCUCCCCUACUAUGGCGGGGCCGCCCGCUCGGUGCCCUUCACUUGGGAGUCCCAGCCGGGGACGCCGAAGCACGCCUUCUCCGACGCCUCUCUCCGUCCCCUCACGCCUCCUCCUUCCAUCUCCACCCCUGUGCUCACCGGUUCCAGCUCCUCCUCGCAGGGCCGUCAUCGCAAGCGGAACUUGUCCAUGAGCGCCGCUUUCUCAAGGUUCACCUCUAAAAGGUCCCAUCGUGCAUCACCGUCAUCAUCGGUUUCUUCAGGGUCGACAUCGUCGUCGUCUUGGUCAUCUUAUAACUCUUCCCCAUCCACUUCGAGGUUCCGUAUCCAUCGCCAUUUUUUCUCUUGCUCGGGAUCUUCUAUGCUUUAUGACAAUGAAGAGAUUGGCGACGAGAAAGAAGAUGGCUACGGAUCUCCGGAUUUGACGCUGAGCUUCGGGGAGAGGAGGGAAUACUCAGACAAGUUCAGGGGUUGCUAUUCAAUGGGGAACGUGAAGAAGAGGUUCUUGUCCAUCUUAGGGCAAAGACAAGGUACUUAUUGA